GUGCAGUUCCUUCAUUUACCUCCGUAAAUCUCCUGUUAUAUUUCAACAUUUGGUUAAAAACAGACUUCUGAAUCGACACACUUAUGCUCCCUUGAGAUGAAUGUAACAGAUGCAUUGACAAUCUCCUCCAGCCAGAGCGAUGACCCUAACGACUGCUACCCGUCUGCGCAUCCGGAGAGGAAGAUAUUCGUAGCCUUGCACUUGGCUGUAAUCCUGAUCGGCAUCCCGUCCAACAUCUUCUUUCUGUUUGUGUCGUACCGGCUCAUCCGACAAAAGAACGAGCUGGGCGUUUAUCUGUUCAACCUAGCCCUUUCUGACCUCCUGUUUAUCAUGUGUUUACCCAUUUGGAUAGAGUUUUCUCUCAACGACCAAUGGCUUCACAGUGAAGCCGCAUGCACAGUGUGUGUUUUCUUGCUCUUUACGAAUUUCUACACGAGCAUCAUACUUCUGAGCUGCAUCGCAGUGGAUCGCUACCUAGCCAUCGUUCACCCGCUCAAGUUUUCUUCAUUUAGAAAGCGCCGGAUUGCGGUCAGGAUGAGCGUCACUGCUUGGAUUUUUACUCUUGUAUUCAAUGCGAUCACUGUGGACCCGAACAGCGUUUACGAUGAGGAAUAUUUAGUCUGCUUGGAUGUAUUUCCUUUGUCACAUAAACAAAAAUGGGUCAACGUGACUCGUUUUGUAGUCGGUUUCCUCGUUCCUGCAUUGGUGGUGGGUUUCUGCUAUUGGAGGAUUUGCUCGGAUAUCAAGAACAACCAAACUCUCAGGUCGAUGGAGCUUCAGCAUGUGUUUAAGCUUUUAAUAUGUGUUAUAUUGACUCUGUACUUGUGUUUCGGGCCUGUGCACAUCAUGAUGGUUUUGAAGGUUUUGCUGGAUAGCUGUCCACAUCCCAGUUGGCUCUUCUUUGCAUAUAAGAUCAGUGUUUUUUUGGCGACGCUCAACUGCCUGGCCGAUCCACUCUUGUACGGCUUCACAAGCAGAACAGGUAAAGACAGUGCCUCCAGUAUGUUAUUAAUCAUCAGAAGAGCUUGCAGGAAAGAAACACAGAAUGAAACUGUACAGCACAAUCAACAAAUCAAUGGAACUGCUAUGCUUUCCAAUGACAAAAGUCCCAUUUAAACAUGAAUUUCCAAUGUGAAUGAAUCAAGCUGAUAUGCAUAUAUGCUAAAGUGCCUCACAGGACUGAAACUAAACAAUGAAUGAAAUUAAGGGAAGCUGUAUGUUAGAUUUUUUACAUGCAGUAGCUCAUGCUUACUGAAAAACUGCAUGUGAGGUUCCACUUUUACACCCACUUCUUCCUUAUUAUUUUGCACAAUCUUUUCUGAUCACAUGAUGUGUAACAGUAACUCUAUUUUUAGCAUGAUAUGUUAUGCAUCGUAUACUUUGAUAGCAAUAUGGUCAUAUAUUAUUUCCUAUAUUAACGUUUUUAUUAUU